GGCCACCAUGACCGAGAACUCCACGUCCACCCCUGCGGCGAAGCCCAAGCGGGCCAAGGCCUCCAAGAAGUCCACGGACCACCCCAAAUAUUCAGACAUGAUCGUGGCUGCCAUCCAGGCAGAGAAGAACCGCGCCGGUUCCUCGCGCCAGUCCAUCCAAAAGUAUAUCAAGAGCCACUACAAGGUGGGUGAGAACGCCGACUCCCAGAUCAAGUUGUCCAUCAGGCGCCUGGUGACGACCGGUGUUCUCAAGCAAACCAAAGGGGUGGGUGCCUCGGGGUCCUUCAGGCUGGCCAAGGGCGAUGAGCCCAAGAGGUCGGUGGCUUUCAAGAAGACCAAGAAGGAAGUCAAGAAAGUGGCCACUCCAAAGAAGGCAGCCAAGCCCAAGAAAGCUGCCUCCAAAGCCCCGAGCAAGAAACCCAAAGCCACCCCAGCCAAGAAAGCCAAGAAGAAGCCGGCUGCCACGCCCAAGAAAGCCAAAAAGCCCAAGGUUGUCAAAGCCAAGCCAGUCAAGACAUCCAAACCCAAGAAGGCCAAACCUGUGAAGCCCAAAGCCAAGUCCAGUGCCAAGAGGGCCAGUAAGAAGAAGUGACGAUGAAGGCUUUGCUUGUGGACACCCCUUCCUCCCUCUUUUCUGUAAAUACAUUUCUCUCUCCAUCUCUUCUGCAACCCUUUGCCCAUUCCAUUCUGACUCUUUACAAAAAGGACAGAGUUCGGAUUCCUCAGACAGACAUUGUGGAAUGGUUCCCUGUUCUUAACCCAUUGUGCAAGGAUAGCCACAGACCUCAUCUUUGUAAUGAUGAAGAUGUACUUUUUUUUUUCUUGACUUGAUAUUAGCCUUCUUAUGGGGUUAGGGGUGUGGGGGUUGUUGGGUGGUUUGUUUACUGUGAAGGAAAAUGGAACUGGCAAAGUUCUGGCUAGACGAGGGGAUCCGGGAACAAAAGUUUGUCUUUUCAAGGCUUUCUUAAGUUGCUCAUCCAUCCCUCGUGAGAGCUUCAAAACCUCUGGUGGGGAGCAGAGGAUGACACCCCACCUAGCUGGCCAGGGAGGGACAGAGGAAAAACUCCAAUGGUGAGCAAUUGGGGACUUGGGGUUUUCUUGUCACUUAACGCCCUAGUGCCUCACCAUUGUCUAGGAGGGGAAAGGGCUCCAAUUGACUUCUUACUGUCAGGAUCUAGCCAUUGGGGAAGGAGGGCUCUUUUCAAAGGUCUCUUGUUAAAUGGGAGUGGACUUGGGAGGGGUGGGGAGCCAGCCAAGUGCCUCAGUGUGCCUAUGGAAACUUGGGUUUUUUCCACACGGUUGAUGGGUUGUGUCUUUUUUGUUGUUGUUGUUCCUUCCUGUAUAAGAUGUGGCUUUGCUUGGUGCCCCUUCAGUUCUACCAGCUGCCACUUAAACCCCUCCAACCUCUUGUACUUUUUGACUCUUUUUCUAAGUAGCCGAGGAGGGCGAGAGGCAGGGAGAGGGCUGUUAAGACAUAAUAUAGUUGAUUUGAAUUUGCUAGGUAGCUUUAGAGAGCCAGGCUUGUGUGCAUGUGUGUAUAUGUAUAUAUCCGUAUCUAAGACUAGUACUUAGUCUCACUUCAG